AUGUCGUUAGAGCUGAUAGAGAAGUCGCGCAUCCCAGACAGGGUUUGUCUGCGUCCCAGUUCGCUUGACGAUGUUCCAAGGAGUGGCGAACGCCAACGUUGAUAAGGAUGCCUCCGCUACAGCACCGACACGUGCUGGAGGCGGCUACAUCAUGGAAGCGAAGAACACCCGAAGUGCCAAUUCCCUCAUCUUCUCUUUGAAAGAAGAAGUUGGGGCUUUGGCUAAAGCACUGCAGAUCUUCAAGGACAACCAUGUCAAUCUCCUGCACAUUGAAUCGCGUUCUUCGAUGAGGUUCAAAGACGGCUACGAGUUCAUCGUCAACUUCGAUCACGCAACGGGCAAAGUACAUGAUGCAUUGGAAGAGAUCAAAGAUAUAUCUCUAUACACGCAAGUGAUCUCCAGAGACUUGCCCCCGAAGACCGACGACGCCGUUCCUUGGUUCCCGCGAAAGAUCAAAGAUCUGGACAUUUUUGCCAACCACAUCCUCAGCUACGGCAGCGACCUCGACGCGGACCACCCUGGUUUCACAGACAAGACGUACCGAGAAAGAAGGAAGUAUUUCGCUGAUAUUGCGUAUGAGUACAAGCAUGGACACCCCAUUCCAAGGGUCGAGUAUACAAAAGAGGAAACCCAAACAUGGGCCACAGUAUUCCGAGAACUGAUGAAACUCUACAAGACGCACGCUUGCCGUGAACACAACCACAUCUUCCCCUUGCUUAUGGAGAACUGUGGUUACAGAGAGGAUAAUAUCCCGCAGCUAGAAGACGUCUCAAACUUCCUUAAGGAUUGCACAGGAUUCAGCCUGAGGCCCGUUGCUGGACUCCUGUCUUCGAGAGACUUCUUGGCUGGUCUUGCGUUCCGCGUGUUCCACUCGACUCAGUACAUACGACAUCCUUCACAGCCGCUCUACACCCCCGAACCAGACGUCUGCCAUGAGCUGCUGGGACACGCACCACUUUUUGCAGACCCUAGCUUCGCAAAGUUUUCUCAGGAAAUCGGACUUGCUUCUCUUGGAGCUCCCGACGAAUACAUCGAGAGGUUGGCUACGUGCUACUGGUUCACAGUGGAGUUCGGCAUAUGCAAGCAAAAUGGUCAGCUGAAAGCGUAUGGAGCCGGAUUGUUGUCAUCUUUCGGGGAACUGGAGUACUGCCUGAGCGACAAGCCAGUUACGAAGCCUUUCGAUCCUUCCGUCACUGGAGAACAGAAAUACCCGAUCACAGAGUACCAGCCAAUCUACUUUGUUGCUGAAAGUUUCCUGGACGCCCAGAAGAAAAUGAGGGAAUACGCCAUGUCCAUCCCAAGGCCAUUUACAGUUCGCUACAACCCGUACACUCAGCAUGUGGAGAUUUUGGACACCAACAUCCAAGUUCAGAACCUGUCCAAUGAUAUUCAGUCUGAGAUGACUCUCCUUGCGGACGCCCUCAAGAAAAUCUAAACGUCACCGGAAGAGCACUUGUCCACAUCAUUACACGUGUUGACGAGGGCAUGCUGCAACACUUAUAAAGCUCGAUUCUCUAUAUUUCUUUAUGUAGGAUGUGCCGUACAGUACAAGUGUCAAUAAAUAUAUCCCGUAUGGA